AUGUCGAAUCGUUCAUCAUUUGAGCAACCACAAGAGGAAAUUGCACCUACCAACAAUCAACUACAUGUAGACAAAGCAUCUACGCAGGAUACACCAGUAAAGCAGGACGAGAAAGUCGAAGCUGCCAAAGCAAACGAUGAGGCUCCACUGCCAGAUUUUGAAGACACAACUGCACUUGGCUCGGAGACAGCAGAUAAUGACGACUUUUCUAUGAAUGAUGCAGAUGAACCAUCUCAAACCAACGAUCCCGAUUUUGAUGAGUUUGGCGAAUUUGACGAUGGAUUUGUGGAUGCUGCAGACAAUGACGAUGAUGACUUUGGAGACUUUGAUGAUUUUGAACAAGCAGAAGAGACGAUAGAGUCUAUGAAUGGAGAGGAGAAAGAGGAAGAAGAGCCUAAAACACCCACAGAAGCCGAGCUAUAUGUUGAUGUAUUAGAAAACAGGCCGAAUGAUAUUCGUGGGUUUAUAGAUGGUUAUUUGGAUCGCAUGUGGGGAGACGCAUCGGAUGGCAACAAGAACAUAGAUGAACAGCAAGAAGAAGAAGAAGAAGCAGACUUUGUGUCCUCGCCCUUGGACCAAGACGAAAAUGCCACAGACAUCUUGAAUACACCUUGCAGUCGUGAUUUAUGGAGCAAACUUUCCCGUGAUACAGUGUUCUAUAAUCCAAUGACAGGCUCAGUGGGCCAGUUUCAAUGGACAAGAUCAGAAACCAACAAAGCUUAUUUGAAUGCCUUGGGCGUCACCUUUAAUUUUGAAGAGAAAUCACCAACAGCCAUGCACUCGCCUACUGGACAUACAGCGACAUCGCAUGCGACCACCAAGAAGAGGCAGACGGCCAUGGUGGACGGGAAGCGAUCCGUGACACCAGGAUCAGCGCCUUCCUCGCCGGAUGCAGCACAAACACACACUCGAUCUGCAUCGGCCACCGGCGGACUAAGAGUAGUUACUGCAAAAAUGGAUGAAGGCGCUAAAGAAGCUAAAAAGGAGGCAGAGCAAGAAAUGGAGCUAGACAUUGAUAUUGCUAGAGCAUAUUGUGAAUUAACAGAAGAAACUAUUCGAGUAUUCCCUGAUGUCAAACUAAACGCCAUGGUGAUUGAACUAAACCGACUGCAGAAACAGGCAGCCGAUUACCUUGACAACCUGUUGGAUCAAAAAGAGCAACUCAAGAUGGAUGCAGAGACGUACAAUGACCUGAUCAGCUGUAUUGUGGGCCAUGCACAACGACUACAUGUUCAAACAAAAGACGCAAGCCCUGCCAUGGUGUCCAAAAAGAAGAAGGCGAAUGGUACAUUCUCAAACCUCAUGAGAAGAAAAACGACUGCUAGUAAUCCGCAGCAAAGUGUUUCCAUGGGAGGUGGUGUUGUGGGUGUCAAACAACAAGCGCCAACACCCAAAAGAACAGUGUCUUCCGCUGCUCAUGUACCUACCAUGAAUGACACUAGUAGACGAUCCAUGUAA